AUGCCGAUACUCGGCAGCAGCGCUGGCAUCGACGGCUCCGCGGCCGGCGGCAGCACGCGUGGCGGCGCCGACGGCGGCAGCGGCGGCGCGCAGUGCGUGCGGUUUGCGGAUGAGGCAACCGCGUCCGGCUCCGAGAGCCUCAGCCUCAGCAUGAGCCGCAGCAGCAGCGGCUCCGUCCUCGGGAUGGUGGCCGCCCCAACCUCGGCCCUGCGGCGCGCCGAGUCCAGCCCGCUCGUGCACGCGUAUGGAGGAGAGGGCAGCAGCACUGGCUGCGGCAGCGGCAGUGGCAGCGGCAGCAGCAGCGGCGGCGGCGCCAGCCCGGCUGACAGCAGCACGAGCGAGGCGUCGUCCGAUCGCGGCGACGGGCCCGGCGGCGGCGACAGCGGCGCCAACGCGCGCCGGAUGGACUCGGCCAGCGUGCACUCGAGCCGCAGCUUUGCCAGCUUCGCACGACUGUUCAUGGGCGAGCGUGUGUCCAUAACGCGGCCCCCAGCCGCCGCUGGCGGGCAGCCGGCGUGCGACUGCGCUUCCUAUGUGAGCUACGGCGGCGAGCCCGCGUCGCGCGGCUGUGGGCGCUGCCGCAAUGGCGGCGGCGGCGGCGGCGGCGCGGCUGGCGCCAACACUGGUGGCGGCGGUGGGUCUGCUGACGUUGCGAGCUGGCUCGCAUGGCGCUGGCCCGGCGGGACGGCCGCGCCGGGCGCGGACGGGGUGGCGCAGCCCAUCGCCUGGGACCCGGCGGAGGACCUCCCCCAACCUGAGCCUGCCGCCGCCGCCGCCGGCCGCCUCUCCCUCGCGUCCCGCGCCCGCGCCCACCUCAAGUCCGCCGCCGCCGCCGCCGCCCGCGCCGCGCGCCCGCGCCCCGGCACCUGGGCGUUCGCGGCCGCCCGCGCGGCCGCGCGGGCGGCUGGGCUCGGGUCGGCGCUGCUGACCGCGCCGCUGGACGUGCUCGAGGCGUGGCUGGUCAUGGCGCUGCGGCCGCCGCCGUACCGCCACGUGGGGCACCAGCUGAUCUUGACUCACCAGGGGCUGCGGCCGCAGGUGGCGCCGCUGCAGGCCUACAACAGGUACGCAGGGGACGCCUGGUCGUUCAACCGCGAGCUGGCGCUCGUCGUGUUCAGGGAGCACUCCAUCAUCUUCUACAAGCGCCGCCUGGCCGCCUUGGUCGGCGCCGCGGUCGAGCGAGCCGGCGGCGGCGCGGCCGCGGCGGCGGCGGCCGUGGCGGCGGCCGCGGCGGGUGGUGGCAGGGAUUGA